AUGGGCAAAGGAGGCUGCAGAAGGCAAGCAACACCCACCAUAGAUAUGGAGCACCUGGAGGACCUCCUGAAGGACCAUGUGAAGAAGGUGGGGCACUCCCAGGCUUUUCAGUUUGGCAAGUAUCUGAGCAUCAGCAAGGCACAAGCUAUCAAUGCUGGAGCCCUACUAGCUCAGGAAGACUUCUUGUUGAAGUUGGUGGCAGUGAGUGAUGGGCUCCUUUUCAACUACAAGGAUUUGAAAGAAGGGUUCACCCAAGUGUGCAGAGCUUUCCCUGGCUUGAAGGAAAGCUUUGAUUUGGAGAUGAGGUCAACACUGGGUGGGAAGUUGGCUGAAUCAACCAUGACCAUGUGCACACACAUGCGAAGACUGAGAGUGCCCCAGAAGUUUCAAGAGGCUUGCAGUACCCUCAGUGACUGGCAAGUUGAAAAGCUGGAAGGGUUGAGGGCAGCAUUUGGUGUGGACAUAGAUAAAGGGCCAAAUAUGAAAAGUGGUGCUUCAGGGUCAAAGGCAAAGAAGGAAGAAGAAUCAAGAGAAGAUGAGGAAGGAAGCUGUGAGACCCAAGAUUUGUUGGAUUUGGAAGUCCCCAGAACUCCUGGAAAGGAUGGCCCCAGCUUGUUGGAUGCUGCCCUGCAAGUGUCACCUGUGCCUGCCAGGAAGCAGAACCUCAAAGCUGCCAUGGGCUUGAAGAAGCCUGCUGCAGCUGGGAGCAAGAAGCCUGCAGGCAAGAUUUUGAAGGAGAUCAACAAGAAGAGUAAGAUAGCAAAGGCAAAGGUGAACAAGGACAAGGUCGACUACAAGGAAGCUGAGAUGAGGCUCAUGCCUUAUAGGAAGACAACUGCUGUGGCAGUGGUGGCAAAGGGUGUUGGGCAGCUUUUCCAGGUGGUGACUUUCAAGAAUGUCGAGAAGAACAGCAAGGCUGCAAGGAAGCUCAUGGAGAUGCUGAAGAAGGGUAGCUCCUUAGCUGAUGUUUUGGCAGCCAAGGCUACUCAGGCCACCCAGCCUCAGGCCACUCAGGCCACCCAGCCUCAGGCUGCCCAGCCUCAGGCCACCCAGCAGGCUGCCCAGCCUGCACAAGCUGCUGCCACUGAGCCAGGAAAAGGAAAAGGAGGCAAGAAGGAAGGCAGCACAGCAGAGGAGGAAGGAAGCAAGAAGAAGGACUUCAACCCCAGCCAGGGUGGGCUGCAGAGCAAGGGCUACAGAGAGAUGCUGAGGCAGCUCCACCACCAGAAGGCACCCGAGAUGGCCUGGAAUGAAUUCCAGGAUCGGCUGGGAAUGGCAGCUAGUGAGAGGAUGGAGUUGGGAUGGCUGAAGGAGGACAGCCUGAGAGUACACCUGAGGAAGGCCUACCACAAGUAUGUGGAGGAGAAGCAGGGGAAGGGAAUGGCCUUUGCCUUUGACACCUUCCUGGAGGAGAUGAUCGACUACAUGGACAACCAGGUCCAGGAAGAAGAUGAAGCCAUGGGAACAGGACCCAGAGGAUACUUGGUAUGGGUCCCAGAGGAAGACAGUGAGGAGGAGAGCAAGGAAGCUGAGAAGGUGGCUGAGGAGCUCAUGCCCAAUGUGCCUGAGUAUAAAGAUGGGAGCCUGGACCCAUCUUUUUGGGAAGAGCACUGGAACCUCUUCAAGCAGUGUGGUGAGUGCAAGGAGUACACCUAUGUGAACAAGAACCACAUGCUGAGAGCGCCAGGAUGCAGAGGCUGCAUGAAAGCAGAAUGCAAUGGGAACAGAAAAAAUGGCAAGAAGAACCUGCUCAAGCUCCUGGCGAAGUACCAUGGCGAGUCAUGGGAAGCCAUGGGUUUGAAGAGGCCUAGCUCCAAGGUGGAAAACAAAGUGGCCAAGAAGCCAGCAGCAAAAGUGACAAAGGUGGCAAAGUUCAAGAAGCCAGCAGCGCAGACUGGGAAGAAGGGAAUUUUGAAGGAAAAGAAGAAGGAAGUUGAGAAAGACAAUGGUGAGGAAGGGGAGGAGGAAGAAAUGCUCACUGAUGAUGAAGUUGUACACACAGUCACAUCCAAAAACCUGAAGACACACCAGCAGCUGCUGGAUGCCAAGCUCUGCUCAGCCAAGGAGAUUGACAAGGCCCUUGCCAAACUCCCUGCAAAUGAGGUCCAGAGCCUGUGGAAGAAGUUUGAGAAGAAUAGGCAGAUGGCUGGAGCUGAGAGCUCCUACAAGGAAGCCACCAAAGGAACUGGAAGCCAGGAGAGGAAGCACAAGCUGCUGAGGUCCUUCAUCCUUGAUGGAGGGUCCAUUGCCAAGAACUACAAGGAGGCCAUGCUGGUCUAUGAGAAAACUGAUGAGAAGGGAGGCAUGGUGAAGUUCAACACAUGGAAGCAGCAGGUGGACAAAUAUGGAAAGGUUGAAGCCAUGAGCAGGCUGAAAGCAGGAACAAUGAAGUUUCGCAAGUCACCCGCAGACCCAAGGUUCUUCGAGUUUGCUGAUGAAAGUGAAUAUGUCAAGUGGAAGGCCAAGAAAAGCCAGACUGUGGCUUACAAGACUGACAAACACAAGGCUGGAAAAGAUGACUGGCUCAGCAUGGAGAACCUCAACUUGGAAGAUGUUGGGGAUGCCAGCUUUGCCUUAGCUGGCAAUCAACUGGAUGACAUGGAGAUCGAGCCUGAGCUGAAGGACUUCUUCAAUAAGCAGCUCUCUGUCAAAGAUGAUGAGGACAAGGAUACGAAGAAACAGAAGGAAAAGGAAGAGGCCAAGGAGAAGAAGAACAAGUGGGAAGAGAUGAGCAAUGUCAGCAAGGAUGACAACAAAAGCACUUUGCUCAAGAAGCUGCUGGCAUUCAAGGCAGAACUUUGCAAGGAUGAAGGUGCCUUGCAGGAGGCGAAGUUGGAUAUGAAAGGCAAAGCUGGCUGCAAGGAUGAAUUGAAAAUCCUGAGCUCUGCCCUGACAGAAGUGCAGACCUGCCAGAAAAAGAUAGAGAAGGCCAUCAACAGUGGAAGCAAGAAGGAAGAAAGCAAGAAGGCAUUGUUGGAGAGCUUGGCAGCCUUGGAGAAAAGCAAGAAGUGCAAGAAGUUGGUAGCAGGACCACCAAAGAAGAAGGCUAAAAAAGAAGAGGAGGAGGAAGACUGCAAUCACAGCACCAUGGCCAAGAGAAGGAAGAUUUUGUAUGUGAAGGGGGAGGAGACAGCAAACCCCAGGUAUGCACACUGGGUUCUGGACCCCAAUGAAGAUAGCCAGGUGCUGAUACCACCUAGUCCAGAAGUUGUGGAGACUGAAGAAGAAGAAGAAGAAGCAAGGCCCAAGGAAAACAUAGCAAAUAUGCAAGGGAAAAAAAGGAAACAUGUGCCUGACCCUGGCGAUGAGAUGCAGCUCACCUCCCCUUUGGCAAUCAUGCUGCUCAACAAAUUUUGCUGGGGGAGAAUCAGUGCCUGUGAAGUGCAGCAGUAUGCUGCUGCAGCAAUGAUGAGUGGUGCAAGCGGACAGGACCUCCACACUCUGGCCAAACUUGGAGGUAGUGGUUUUGCCAAGCAAAAUUGCCACAGGGACUUGGUCAGGGCUUUCUUUGGUGGCAUGUCUUCGCCACAGCCAGUGCAGGUGGCCACUGUGGUCAGAGUUAAGAAUGCUGAGGGACUUGUGCUGGAGAAAGAGAAAGAUUUACCUGUAAUAUUGCCUGAGGCAUGGGUGGAUACACUGCAGAACAAGAACCUCUUGCAAGAAUUGGCAUGCAGCCAGAAAACUUUGAAGGAGUUCUGGUUGAAACAGGUGGAUUCAUUGCUGGUUGUGUCAAUGAGAUGCGCAAUCUCUGGUGUGGCCAUCAAACAAUCUCAGCUGCUACUGACUUGCCUCCCCAAGAGUGCAGGAACUGCUUCUUCGAUGAAGCCUAUAUGGGAAGCAAUUGCUGGCAGCUUCAAGAAGAUGGCAGAAGCAGGAAAAGGAGUUCUGUUUGUGGUGGCAGGAGAUUUGGAAUGGUUCUCCAGUGACUUUGGGUGGCCCACUGCCAUGAGCAACAACCCAUGCCCAUAUUGCCUUUGUGACAACUACUUUGAGGAGGAGAAGAGCGUGCGGCCAUUUACAGAUUUCAGGAAAGAUGCAACUUGGAAAUCUACUUUGAGGAGUGUGUCAGCACCACCACCAGUAUCACAUCCCUUAUUUGGAGUGCCAGGAAGUUCCUUCUGGAGCAUGAAAUUGGAUCUGUUGCACCUUGUAGACCUUGGAGUGGCAUCCCACAUUCAUGGGAACCUCUUGGCAACCAUCGUCAAGAGCCUUCCUAUGGGAAAGAAAAGGGCUUUGGUGGAAGUCAACAAGAUGGUGGCCAUGAGAUAUGAGGAACUUGAAACCCCAGCAGGGGAAAGAAUACCCAGACUCAAUGUGUCAGACAUCUUUGGUGAUGAGUUCCCUUGCCUGAAACAUGUGAAAGGGAGGAGAGUCAGGAAAUUUGCCACUGUGGCGACACUGUUGGCUGGGACCCUGGCUACAAACACAAAAGGAAAACACAUGGAAGCUUUGUGCAAGGCCAUGGAGGAAGCCUAUGACCUUUGUGACUUGAAGGAGUAUGUUUGGGACAAGAAGGUGGGACAGCAGUUUCAAGAGAAGACUGAGGCAAUCCUAGGACACUAUUCAUGGCUGGCAAAGAAUAGCAUGAAGAGUGCAGAAUGUAUGUGGAGCCUGGUGCAGAAGCACCACCUCAUGGCUCAUUACCCAGCACAGUGCCAAUACUUGGCACCAAGGAGCUGCUGGGCAUAUGGGGGAGAAAGCUUCAUGUCCCUGAUGGUGGCAGUUGCUGGGAGCAGUGUGAAAAGCACACCUGCAUGGAUGCUCCCUUCCAAGGUUCUAGCCAAAUUUGAAUACGCUUUUCACCUGAUGCCGGAAGGGAUUUUUAAUCCAGACCUAGAAGAAAAUGAAGAAGUGUGA